AAGAACAAGGAAUUCCAGUCCUCAGACCCAAAAAUGGGGAGAGAGAAAGUCGACGUCAAGUCAACGGAUCAAGAGACAACUGCAGAACAACGACUACAGGGCGGGGCGUUGCCCGAGGAAUGUUGAAAGCGAAAGUCCACUACAAAAACCUGUCUUUCUUUCUUUCUCUGUGGCUUUUGCUUUCUUUCUGGCUUUUUCUUUUGGCCUUUUCGCUUCCGUCUUGUUUCAUUCCAAAAAGCUCGUAGCUUUCGCCAUGCCCUUCUUCAAUCCGAGGAAAUCUCGGCCUCUACCACUUCAGAAGAGGCAGACCACCAUGAAUUGCAGAGUUCUUUUGUUUAUGGCAAUUGUUAUGUUCCUCGCUAUCCGCUUCAUCGAAGAAACCAGAGUCAUAAAUCACAAAAAUCGCAACUUCAAUGCCUCGAAUUCAGGCGGCAUAGAGUCGUUGCUCAACCCGAGCUUCGGUUCCGUUCCCUCUUCAGGAAGCACUCCCGGUAGCAUCACAUCCCCAUUAUCAGAGACCAAACAGGAGGGAGGUGAUCGUCUUGGUUAUGGUGGUGGUGAUUUUACUUAUGCUGACGAUGGAGAGACGGUGGAGCUUCGAGUCUCCCACCGGUCGACCAGUGGCGGGACCGGGCAGGAAGAAUCCUUCGCAGCCGAGGAUUUGGCCCGAGCUCAGACCGAUCAUGGGAAGAUGGCAGAGAUCAGGCAUCGGAACCCCAUUUCAAGGCUCAGCAGGGGCAAGGAUAAGCUGAAGCUGCAUUUGAAGCCGAUCGAUGGUUCGCCUUCGCAGGAAUCCGUAGCAGGCGGUCCUCCAGGCACCCUCAUGGCUACACUAAGAUACGGAGUGGUUCCGGGCUUGGAAGUGUACUUCAUCGAUGUAUACAUAGGGACGCCGCCUCGGCAUGUCCCUCUGAUACUUGAUACAGGUAGCGACUUCAGCUGGAUCAAAUGUGCUGCUUGUCCUGAUUGCUCCGAGCAAGGGGGGCCAUACUAUGAUCCCGAGCGCUCCACUUCUUUUCGAGAGAUAAGCUGCCGCGACCCUCGGUGUCGCCAUGUCCGAGACCCGGAUCCUCUGCAGCGAUGCAAGUCUGAAAACCAGACCUGUCCUUACAUCUAUCCGUAUGGAGACGGCUCGAACUCGACCGGCAAUUUGGCACUAGAAACAUUCACGGUCAAUCUCACGGCGCAGGCCGGCGCCCCCGAAUUCACAAGGAAGGAGGAUGUGAUGUUUGGCUGCGGUCGUUGGAACGGAGGUGAAUCUGAUGGGGCUCCAGGGAUGCUGGGACUAGGAAGAGGGCCCCUGUCUUUGGCCUCUCAGCUUCAGUCUCCGAAUGGCCAAUCUUUCUCUUACUGUCUCGCGAACAGACACAGCAACCCCAAUGCGAGCAGCAGAUUGGUUUUCGGCGAAGCCAACGAGCUUUCGGGCCGCCCCGGUUGGAAUUUCACUUCCUUUCUUCGCGCCGAGGAAAGCCCCGACAGCACAUUUUACUAUGUCAAGAUAAAAUCGAUCAUGGUCGGAGGAGAGAUUCUUGACAUACCCCAGGAGACAUGGGAAGUGUCGCCGGAUGGGCGUGGAGGGACGAUCAUAGAUUCGGGUGUUUCACUUGGUUACUUCUUCGGACCCGCCUACAGGGCGAUUCUGGAAGCGUUCGAGAGGAAGGUGAAGGCGUACCCAAUGGUGGAGAAAGAAGACUUUUAUCCUUGCUACAACGUGUCCGGAGUGCCAGAGCCCGAGUUGCCCGGGUUCGGGAUCGAAUUCGUGGACGGGGCGAAAUGGAAUUUUCCGGUGGAGAACAACUUCGUCCUGUUCGAGCCGGCCGGGAUCGCGUGCCUGGCGAUGAUGGAGCAGGGGGGGUUCCCGGGGUACUCAAUAAUCGGGAACUAUCUGCAGCAGGAUUUCCACAUGUGGUUUGAUAUGAAGAAGUCUAGGCUGGGAUUUGCACCCAGGAAGUGUGCAGAUGAUGUUUGAGACUUCUGUUGAGGAUUUGAUUAGGAAACUUUUGGAUUCCCAUUUUUCUCCUUGCUUUGCCUCUCGAUUUGUCCCC